UUCAGUAGCAAUGAGAUUCAUUGAAGAUAAGAACGUGAGCUUUGAACAUGCUCGCACGUCAGAAGAGCUUGGCCGAUACCUUGUUGCAGCACGGGACUUGGCUCCAGGUGACCUGGUCCUGACAGAGAGGCCCCUGGUCUUCGGCCCCAAGGGCAUGCAAAACCUGGAUGCUAUGCCAUGUGUGGGCUGCUAUAAACAGGUGUCUACUGAUGUCGGCGAAAGGUGUUCUAGGUGCGGGUGGCCCGUUUGUUCUGGAAACUGUGCCGGUCUCACUGACCCUAGACACCACGGGGUGGAAUGUCAUAUCCUCAGCUCUCGCCCCGAAUGUAUCUUGGACAAUAUGGGUGAUUAUUAUAGGCACGAUGCUCUGCUCCCCCUGAGGUGCUUAUUGCUUCAGACAGUUGACCAGGAGAAGUGGAAGAAACUGUCCAACAUGCAAUCCCACAUGGAGUGCCGUAUGCCAGGCAGCGAGGCUUAUGAUGAAGCUAACGAAUUCAUCGUUGAGUAUCUUAUGGACUUUAUAAAUAAGGCUGAUAAAGAUAUCAGAAACAAAUAUCUUCCCAGGGUGUCACCAGAACUGAUCCAUGAAAUGUGUGGUAUUAUAGAUACUAACGCUUUAGAAAUUCGUGUACCUGAAGGCACAGAGCUCUUAGCUUUAUAUACUAAUACAUGUAUCAUGGAACAUAGCUGUAUACCAAAUACUAAACAUACAUUUACUCUAUCAGCGAAAGAUAAAAAUGACAUGUACAGAAUAACAGUCAAAGUUGUUGUUCCGGUAGAAAAAGGUAACCACAUUACAACAAUGUACAGCCAUGCCUUAUGGGGAACCCAAGCUCGAAGGCAGCACUUGAAAGAUACCAAAUAUUUUGCUUGUCGAUGCCCUAGAUGUAGUGAUCCUACAGAAUUAGGUACAUAUUUGAGCGCUUUGAAAUGUCUAGGUGAAGGUAAUCAAGUUUGUGAUGGAAUACAUCUCCCAGAAGAACCUUUAGAUGAUGAAACGGAUUGGAAAUGUAAUAAAUGCUCUAUGAAAGUUAAUAAUUCCCAAGUUAACAUGAUUAUUUCACAAAUGGGCGAAGAAGUGGAAAAUGUGCAAAUGAUGGGUGGGUCAGUUACGUCAUUGGAAAACCUUCUUUGUAGAUUAUCAACAUUUUUACAUCCGAAUCAUUAUCACUUAUAUUCAAUUAAACAUUCAUUGAUACAACUGUAUGGAAGGCAGCCGAACUACAUGUCAGAGGAAAUAUUAGAUAAGAAAAUAAAAAUGUGUAAAGAUUUAAUUAUUAUUACUAAGACAUUAGAUCCAGGUAAUGCUAGAUUAAGUUUGUAUAAUGCUGUUCUACAGCAUGAACUACAUUCAGCCUUGCUAUUGAAAGCAAAAAAGACAAAAAGUAAUGGAUCGCCGAAAACCUUGGAAGAAAUAAAACCAUUAAUUAUGGAAUCCAAACUAGCAUUAGAAAAUGCGUUAAAUUCUUUAAAAGAUGAUAUAGAAGAAAAAUCGGGAAAACAACUUUUCAAAGUAAUCGUGAACAGUAAGAAAGAUUUCGAAAAGUACUGUAAAGAAAAGAAAAUUCGCAUUUGAAAUAAUUUAAUACAUUUA